AUGACUAUCGAAACUAUGCUCGGCAACCAAGAUGGCAUUCAUUCUGUCUCUGUUGCAUUGCUUGCUGAGCGCGCCAUUGUAUGCUACAAUUCAAAUUGCUGGACACCCGAAAAGAUUGCAGAGGAGAUUGACGAUAUUGGCUUUGAAGCUAAAGUGGUUGAAGCACCGCGGAAGACAUUUGUGCAACUCGGUAUAUUUGGAAUGACCGGCGCAUCCUGCACGGAGCUGGUAGAAAAUGCGCUUUCUGCAUUGUCCGGUGUCGAAUCGGUGACCAUAUCGCUCUCGCUGCAGCAAGCUGAUGUGCACUUUGAUCCUCGCAUUCUGAGCACGCGCGAUCUGAUCGCAGCAGUACAAGAUGCAGGAUACGAUGCAUUUUUUUUGGAUGAUCGCAAUACCUCUCAAGUAUCGAGUCUGACGCGUGUGCGAGAAGUCAUUGAAUGGCGCGACGCAUUUUGGUUUUCGCUUUCCUUCGCCGUUCCCAUGUUUUUUCUGAGCAAGGUUCUGCCACACAUAAAGUCGCUGCGGCCUAUUCUCACUUUGCAAGUGAUUACCAAUCUGUAUUUGUUGGACAUCGUGUGUCUGCUACUUACGAUCCCUGUGCAAUUUGGGGUGGGAAAGCGGUUCUUUAUACCUGCUUGGAAGGCGCUUAAACAUGGAGGCGCCACUAUGGAUACACUGGUAAUAUUGGGCACAAUGGCAUCAUGGACGUUUAGUAUUUUGGCCAUGACAGUCGUCCUCUUUUGCAUUGGAAAACCGUGCACUAAACCGACCACAUUUUUUGAUACCGUCACAAUGCUGAUUACCUUUGUCACGCUUGGCCGCUACUUGGAAAACGCUGCUAAAGGCAAUACAAGCGAAGCACUCACGCACCUCAUCUCUCUUGCGCCGCAGAAAGCAGCCGUUUACACGGAUCUCGACAUGAUGGCCUGCCGUGAUAUUCCCGCCGAGCUUUUGCAAAUUGGCGACUUUGUCAAGGUAGUGCCCGGUGAGAAGAUCGCUGCUGAUGGUGUCGUUAUACGUGGAUCGAGCACUGUCGACGAAAGCAUGGUCACGGGCGAGUCCGCGACCGUGGAAAAAAGCACGGAUAGCCAAGUUGUUGGAGGAACGGUGAAUGGGGGCGGCGCUUUCGACUUUCGUGUCACACGCGCAGGAAAAGACACGAGUUUGAGCCAAAUUGUGCGACUCGUGCAAAAUGCACAAAUGAACAAGGCGCCGAUUCAAGGGUACGCCGAUCGCAUCGCAGGUAUUUUCGUGCCGUGCAUCCUCAUUUUUAGUGUGGCCACAUUAUUUGUCUGGCUUGUGGUUGCGUAUCUAUUUCCGCCUUGGCUUAGUCCGCACAUGCUCAACAAGGGUGGGAUUAACAAAUUUAUGCAAUGUCUCGAACUGUGCAUCAGUGUAAUUGUGGUUGCAUGCCCAUGCGCUUUGGGUCUUAGCACACCCACUGCUGUCAUGGUCGGCACCGGUGUCGGCGCACAACACGGCAUUCUUAUUAAAGGCGGCAGCCCCUUGGAAUCUGCGUGCCGCGUUUCGCACGUCGUUUUUGACAAGACAGGCACGCUUACAGCAGGCAAUUUGCGUGUACACAGCACACAAUGGGCCCAAAGUGGAAGCCGCAACAUUGACCUGGAUGCCAGUGCGCUCCAUGGUUUGCUACAUCGUGAUGUGCUGGCCAUGCUCGCCGCGGCAGAGUCAAAGAGUGAGCAUACUUUGGCACGUACCAUUGCCCAGUACGGUAAAAAAUAUGUGUGUGAAAUACUUCCGGAAGCGACGCAAUUUAACGCGACUUAUGGCGCCGGUAUUCGUGCUACAGUAGUAGUGCAAGGUACGCCGCAUCAGGUUAUGAUUGGGAACACGGAAUUGUUUGGUGGGAAAGAAGCACUCGCUGCCAUGUUCCACAGCGAGGAGAACGCCAAAUUCGUCGAUAUGGAAGAAAGCAAUGGAUGCACAGUCGUAUACGCGGCAGUCGACGAUACGUUGGUCCUGUUAUUUGCCUUGGCCGACACAAUAAAACCAGAAGCGUUUGGCGCCGUACAAAUGCUGCAAAACAUGAACAUUACAUGCAGCAUUAUGACUGGUGAUAAUAAAGGCGCUGCUGAAGCAGUUGCACGCAAGCUUAAUAUUCCGCUGGAGAAUGUACACGCAGCGCUGAGCCCAAACGGGAAAUUGAUCCUCAUGGACCGGAUUCGUGAAUCGCUUGCAGGACCGCCGAUAGAGGCACCGUCUACCAUGCUUGGAGCCGCUCGAGUUGCCUUCCAGCGUCUCUCUUCGGAUGAGCGCAAUGGGCUCGCAAUGGUGGGGGACGGCGUGAACGACUCGCCGGCACUUGCACAUGCCGACGUCGGUAUAGCGCUUGGUUCCGGAUCAGACAUCGCAAUAGAUACUGCAUCUAUUGUUUUGAUCCGCAAUGACUUAUACGAUGUGCCUGUCUCCCUUGUGCUCUGCCGCCGGAUUUUUCUCCAAAUUCGGCUCAAUUUUGUUUGGGCAACGAUUUAUAACUUUGUCAUGGUGCCACUGGCGAUGGGCAUUUUGCUGCCGUUUGGCAUUUUUGUCCACCCCAUGAUGGCGGGUGCUGCAAUGGCAUGCAGCAGUAUCAGUGUCGUGCUGAGCAGCCUUUCACUAAAAAGAUGGCAACGGCCUACGAACGCGCAACUUGACAACGUAACGAUGGACAACACCACUUUUUCUUUUUUUCAGGACAUGGCAAGCUCGGCGUGGAAUACGCUUGAAAACGCUGUACGGCACAUGAUCUUUGGGACACGAGGCAAUACAUACGAGUACACAGCGCUAGAAAUAGCAUAG